UUCGAAAUGUUAAUGGCACGUUACAACGAGGCUCAGGUGAAUGGCAAUUAUACGCCGAACACAACACCAACCACGUCACAGCGUAUCGGGCGACCCCUCCGUCGGCCUCAGAUGCCGAUCAAGCCACGCUUUACACCGAGAUGCGAAAGACCAUCUGUUUAA